AUCAACGUUGGACGAUCACGACCAUGUUCCCAACCAAGAAGAGUGUGAAGCAGAGAUCAUCAAAUAUUCUUUGAAGCGGAAAGCUGAGGACCAACCACAACUACCACCUGCUCAAAUAUUACGUACAGAGAUGGCUGGCUUAUCUGACGGGGUUCUCAGUCAACUACCUAACCGUGAUAAUUUAAAAAAAUCAAUGCGUAAAGUCCGGAGGAAAAAUUUGCCGCCCAAUCCAAAAACACUUAAUGACUUUGGUACUCUUCCCGAUCGGUAUCAAAAGACGCUUACGGGUGAACAUUUUUUAAUUUACGAUUCACUUGAUGAUGAUUCCGUCAAUGAAGGUAGAGUCGUUGUGUUCUCGACUCGGAGAAAUUUAGAAUUAUUGGCCCGGAGUGAUUGCUGGUUUUUAGUCGGGACUUUUAAGGUUUGAUGGAUUUUAUUAUAUUUAUUAGUUUAUUACCUAGGUAUAUGUCUAUGAUGUGUUAAUCAGUGGUGUAUUGGUACGGGUACGCCGGUAUACGUCGUAUACGUCGCGAGCGUCGCGGCGAACAACGGUGUCCGGGUGUCAUGACGCGGCGUUUAACAAAAAUGUCUCUUAAGAUUUUUAAUAUUUGAAAAAUUAAACGUUUUAUUGAAAUUCUGAUACUUGCUAUUCUUCAUUUCUUAAUAUCUCUUAAUUAUCUCUUAUUAAUAUCUCUUAUUUAUUUAUCUAUUGAAGUAGGCAUUGAAUGUAAUUAUAUAACAAUAUGAUUUUGUUUCAUAAUUCUUAGGUGUGUCCCACUAUUUUCACACAAGUUUUCACGAUUCUGGGAACAUGCAAACAACACGAUGCUCAUGACACAGUUGCUAUUCCAUUUGUAUAAUAUGCACUGUUGUCGUCAAAAGAAACGGUUCAGUAUGCCACUGUGCUAAGAGCAGUACAAUCUUCAUUUAACGAACACAGGAUUGUUUGUGAACCGGCUAAGAUCAUGACUGACUUUGAAAAAUCUAUAAUCAACGCUUGUCAAGAAGUUUAUCCAAAUUGUCCUCUCAGUUGUUGCUUUUUUCAUUUCGGUCAAUCAAUGUAUCGACAAAUUCAAUCUGUUGGUCUUCAAGCCACAUACAAUGACCCUGAUGAUCGUUCAUUAAAAAUGUACAGUCAUAUGAUGCUAGCGUUGGCAUUCGUACCUUUGGCUGAAGUACCUCGCAUUUUCUCGCUUUUGAAAAAUGACGCGCCUGAAGAUUUAUUACCAAUUUUGGAAUAUUUUGAAAAAAAUUAUGUUGUAGGAGUAAUAGCUAGAGGGCGAAGACGAGGAAUUCUUCCACGUUAUCCGCCAGAAAUUUGGAAUCAGCACCAAGCCGCUCUAACUGGUUCACACAAAACCAACAAUGUAAGUGAGGGGUGGCACAAUCGCUUCCAGCUUGUUAUUGGAAAACAUCAUCCAGAUCUUUACUCCGCUCUCGGUGAGAUCCAAAAAGAACAAGCUGAUGCUGAGAUAAUGAUCGCGGAGCUGAGUUUAGGACGAAAAGUUAGAGCACUACCAAAAAGAAAAUGGCGGGAUUUUCAAAAGCGAAUAAUGUCCAUUACUGCUGAAUUUAAUACAUACCAGCCGUUACAAUUUCUGAGGGCAAUCGCACAUAAUAUUGUUUUGUAAUUUUGUUUUUAACGAUAACAGCAUUUAUUAUGUUAUUAUACUUUUUAGUUUUUUUUAAAUAAUUUUUAUUUUUAUAUGCAUAUAAUUUGUCGAUUUUAAAAUAUUUAACGAUAACGCAACAGCAUUUAUUAUGUUAUUAUACUUUUUUCGGGUAAAAGGUGUUCGGUAAAAAAGGUUUCGGGUUUUCGGAUUUUCGGAUAAAACACCAUUCGGGAAAAAGUUCAUUCGGGAAUUUCGAUUCGGGAAAAAGUCGUUCGGGAAAAAAGGUUUCGGGUUUUCGGAUUUUCGGAUAAAAUACCAUUCGGGAAAAAGCCCAUUCGGGAAUUUUGAUUCGGGAAAAAUACCGGUAACCAUAAUUUAUAAUAGGUAAUGUAGGCAUAUAACGGGAAGUGUAGAUCAGAGGUGAAAACAACAAGUUGAUUUACCUAGUUCCACAAUAAUGCAAUUCGACAUUACUAGGGAAGUAAUAUUAGAAUAUAGCUAUCACGCCACUAGUACGUCAUUGUUAGAACCCACAUAAAUACGGGUAGAGCGCCUACCAUUACUUAGAAGAUAGUCAGCCCUCGUCGUAGGUCUAACAAGCU